AAAGGAGAAAAGUGAAAAAAAGGGAGAGAACAAGAUCUGAAGGCCACAUAUACAACGUGUGGCUGACAAUUAACUUUCCAUGCUGACGUGGAAAUUAAUCCUUAAACUCCAGCCCUCACACGUUGUCCCCCACAAAUAGGAAAAGCUAAAAAAAAAACACGCAGUUACACACUCUGUGCGUGUCAGAUCUCCAAUUCAUCGGUGCCUUAUUUUUCUCUCUUUGUUUUUACUCUGUUUUUAGAGCUUUGGAUAUAGUGAGAUAGAGAGAGAGAGAGAGAGAGAAGAGAGAGAAAUGGCUGAAGUAAAAGACCCCAAGAUAAAGCUUUUUGGUAAAACCAUUGAACUACCGGAGACUUCGGCGGCGGCGGCGGCGGCGGAAGAAAAUGUUGUUGCAGCUCAGUCGUGUGAAGCUGCCGGAGAUGAUAGCUCAAACCAAGAUCCACCUUGUUCAUCUAAUUCAAAUGGAGAUGCAGAGGAUCAAGAAUCUCUUAAGAUUCAUUCUGGUCCGAAACAAGAUGAUGUAAAAGAAAAAGAUCAAACCGAACAAGACCAGAGCGAGACAGAAAACUCGGACGAAAAAGCCCUCAAGAAACCCGACAAAAUACUCCCCUGCCCUCGCUGCAACAGCAUGGAGACAAAAUUCUGCUACUUCAACAACUACAACGUGAACCAGCCUCGUCACUUCUGUAAGAACUGCCAGCGGUACUGGACAGCUGGCGGAACCAUGCGGAACGUUCCGGUAGGUGCCGGCCGCCGCAGGAACAAGAACGUGGGCCCCACACAGCUCCGCCACCAGAAUGUUCCUCCAGAAGCUCUCCAAACCCUACGACCAAAUCCCAAUCCUAGUAAUCCCACACUAUGCGAAUCGAUGGUCUCGGUUUUGAACAUUGCGGAUAAAAAAAUCCCAAAUAAAGGAGACGAGCCCUCGAAGGGCGAAACGGGGCUGCAUGAAAAAUUACCAAAUUGCCCCCCGUACUUCCCUGGAGCUGCUUGGCCUAAUUACCCGUGGCAAGUAGUACCGUUGUAUCCUACACCGCCGCCGCCUUUUUGGGGUUGUACCGUGCAACCCUUACAGCCUUGGAGUGUUCCGUGGGUAAUUCCGCAAAUGCCCUCGAGUAGUGGUGGUCCGAAUUCUCCUACCUUGGGAAAGAGGAACUUGGACGAAGAAGAAAUUCAAGAAAGUGAGGGUAAAUCGGAGAAAUUGCUGUGGGUACCGAAAACAUUGAGAAUUGACGAUCCGGGAGAAGCUGCAAAGAGUUCGAUUUGGGCGACGUUAGGUAUAAAGAAUGACGGAGGAGUUGAUUCUAGUGGUGGUGGUCUUUUCGAGCCGUUCGAGAGGGGAACGAAGAGCGAUGAGAAGGUUCCGGAAGCUUCCACCACCGCGCUACAAGCUAAUCCGGCGGCAAUGUCUAGGUCGGUUAGCUUCCGUGAAAGCUCGUCGUCGUAAGAUAAAUGAUUGUAGAUGGUGUUGUUGUACAUAAAAGUUUACUAUGGUUGUAGUAGUGAAGAGGUAGAAGAAAGUGAGUUUUUUUUGUGGAUUCAAGUUCACAUGCAAUGAAAUAAAUGUGGGAUAUUUUUGUUUUUUAAUCUUAUAUUGGAAGAUAUGUUGGGCUUUGACCUAAAA